UGUUGGCUUCGUCCCCCUUCCGAGCGCCCCAUGGUGUUCCAGCAGCACUCCAGGUCGAACGCCGCGAAAUGGCUGGGCCUGGUCACGGCGGUGUGGGUGCAGGCCAUCUCCGGCAACAACUACACCUUCUCCAACUACUCCGACGCCCUCAAGUCCAUCAUGAACCUCACGCAGCUCGAGCUCAACAACCUCUCCGUUGCCAAGGACGUUGGGAAGGCCUUCGGCCUCCUCGCCGGCCUCGCCUCGGACCGGUUGCCUCCGUGGGUCAUCCUGCUCAUCGGCUCCGUUGAAGGGCUCGUGGGCUACGGUGCUCAGUGGCUCGUGGUCAGCGAGAGAGCCACGCUCUCAUAUUGGCAGAUGUGCAUAUUCCUGUGCAUGGGGGGCAACAGCACGACGUGGAUGAACACGGCAAUCCUGGUCACCUGCAUCCGGAACUUCCGGAAGAACCGGGGCCCUGUCUCCGGCAUCCUCAAGGGCUACGUCGGCCUGAGCACUGCAAUCUUCACCGACAUCUGCACCGCCCUCUUCUCCGACAGCUCUGCCUCCUUCCUACUCAUGCUGGCUGUCGUCCCCAUCGGCGUCUGCCUCACUGCCAUGCUCUUCCUCCGUGAGGUCCCACCGUCUGCCGCCGAGGAAGGAGGCAAUCAGGACGAGUCCCGGUACUUCACCAUCCUCAAUGGCGUCGCCGUGGUCGUCGCGUUCUAUCUCUUGGCCUACGACUUCAUCGGGUCGUCCCAUGGACAAGUCUUCAACGUCGUGUUCGUGGGCAUAUUGCUGGUCCUACUGGCCUCCCCAUUGCUGAUACCUUUGUAUGACUUGUUGAAGAGCUUCAAGAAGAGCGGCUCACCGGACGUCGAGAGCACCGAGGCCAUCGACGCGCCGCUGCUCGCGAGUCAAGAAACAGCGGAGGUGGCCGAGGUGCAGCGCCAGCCGGCGACGGAGGAGCCGGAGGCAGCGGCCGCCGAUGGGGCGGGGGAGGUGAAGGGGAAGCCGGCGAUCGGUGAGGAUCACACGAUAUUUGAGGCGAUGAGGACGUACGACUUCUGGAUACUGUUCGUGUCGUUCCUUUGCGGAGUGGGAACGGGUCUGGCGGUGCAGAACAACAUGGGCCAGAUCGGGUCGUCGCUCGGGUACGACGACGUGUCCGUCUUCGUUUCGCUGAUCAGCAUCUGGGGGUUCUUCGGGCGUAUCAUCUCGGGCACGGGCUCCGAGUACCUCAUCAAGAAAAAUGGAUCGCCAAGACCUUGGUGGAAUGCGGGCUCUCAAAUAGUGAUGGCCAUAGGGUUCGUCGUCAUGGCCUGGGCAUUCCCGGGAUCCCUAUAUGUCGGCUCCAUUGUCGUCGGCCUAUGUUAUGGCGUUCGUCUGGCCAUCACGGUCCCCACAGCCUCUGAGCUCUUCGGCCUCAAGUACUAUGGACUCAUCUACAACGUCCUCAUACUCAACCUCCCGCUCGGCUCCUUCCUCUUCUCCGGCCUCCUUGCUGGCCUGAUAUACGAUGCUGAGGCGACAUCGACAGCCAGUGGCGGCGACACUUGCAGCGGGGCGCAUUGCUAUCGGAUCGUGUUCAUAGUCAUGGCCGUUGCGUGCCUGAUCGGAUGUGCAUUGGAUGUGCUCUUGGCGAUUAAGACCAAGGCACUUUAUGCUAAGAUUCAAGCGAGCAAGAACUCCAAGAAGAGUUAAAGUUAGAAUCGAGGUUGGCGAGAGCACUAAUUGGAGCCAAAACCCAUCAAUAAUUUCGCCCAAUCAAUGGUUUUUGGCAAGGAAGAGGACAUUAUUUUUUUUCGAUUGAGAUAUGAUUAACUUGCUUGAAUUUGAUGUACUAUCGAUUCUUUCCGGUGAUAUAUCAUAAAGUUUGAAGCUUUGGACGAA